AAACAUAAUACAGUGCAAACAAACCAAACCAACCACCCACAGAUAACAGUACAUACAAGCAAGCGUCGUCAGGCAGGCCGGGUCAAUAUCAGUUGGGCAGGUAGGUACAGGGGGAGCAAGCGGAGAUUGGUCGGGGUCACAGGCCAGGUUCAGCAGGUAGCUAGCAGCGUAGUACAGAGGGUCAGGCAGAGGGAUGGUCAGGGUCACAAGCCAGGGAUCAGAACAGGUAGCAGGCAGCACAAGCCAGGGAUCAGAGCAGGGUCAGCAGAGAAUCAGACAAGAACAGAGAGCAGGAACAGGAUACAGGGCCCAAGAGAAACACAACACCAAGGCAGAGUCUGCAAGUCUGGCCAU